UGCUUAAAGUUGUUGCCUAUAAAUCGCCCCUUGGAAGUUGAAAGAAGUACAAAACACUAUCAACUGAAGCUCAGUGAGAGAGCAGAAAUGGCGUUGACAGCAAGUGUUGUGAUGAUUUACAUUGGAAUGAUGAUGCUUCUUCUAUGUGUUCCAGACAACCAUGCGAAAAUGACAGAGUACUCGCCAGCACCUCAGCCACAACCGUCAGGCAACUCUUCCAUGUAUGGGGCCACUCCAGGAAGCCUUAAACCCCAAGAGUGUACACCAAGAUGCACACAUAGGUGCUCGAAAACCGCCUUCAAGAAGCCAUGCAUGUUUUUUUGCCAAAAGUGUUGUGCCACAUGCUUGUGCGUACCUCCCGGGACCUAUGGGAACAAACAAUAUUGCCCGUGUUACAACACAUGGAAGACCAAGAGAGGAGGCCCAAAAUGCCCUUGAUUCAUCUCUUGCUUUCCUCUUUAGAAUCUUCAAUCACUUAUUUAGAUCUGUGUUCACCAUUACGUAAUAUAACAUCACCAAAAUUUUCUAAGUGUGAAAAUGUUAUCCAUAUUAUAGUGUUAUUGUUUUA